UUGUCAAGGAUUUAAAACUUGACAAAGUCGUCAAAGUGCCCAGUGGUUAAUAGUAUCCAAAACGGCUGGCUGGCGCACUGCUAUCUUAUUGCCAGGAUAGUUUUUGGCACAACCAGGAUCAUCAUGGACCGUCAAUUGGUACUACGUCAAUGUACUGUAAGGAAAGUCUAAAGUAUUGCUGCUGGUGCCUUUAUAUGUUCAGAGUCGCCUACAAUCCAUUAGGUUUUCCCACCAGGGUCUAAGUCCACAUUCGAACCAGUGAGAAACCCCAUUGUCCCGGACUCUUCCAAGUGCUUUUUGAAAGUAAAAGUUCAAAACCUACAUUGCGCACUUCAUUCAUGAACCUCAACGUUCUCUCUUGCCAGGGUGUCGGGCAUCCCAAAUUGGACAUGCUGCCAGGAGCUGCUUUAAACUGAGAUGUUUGCAAUCAUUUUGGAUCAAGUCACGAGUGUUUGCACUGAUAGCCUAGUGCUGUCGAUUGGAUAUGUCUUUUACAAAGCACAUCGAAGAACGUGCAGCCAAGAAUGUCAUCAAGCAGCAGUGUUUCCGCAUAUGGCUCGUUUGGACGUCAACUUUGAUGUUGGUGUUCUCCGGCUUGACGAUCCCACUUCUUGGGCUUUUGACUUCGCCGUUUGUAUUUGGAUUUGCCUGUCUCUUGCUGUUGGCACCAGCAGCCUGCCGUGCAAAAAGCCUGACAGAGCCAAUUCUAUACCCUGCGACGGUGUUGAUGCCGACUCACGCUUCACUUCUGGGACUGGGCCCGGAAUCCAAACCUGCCAGGUUCUUCUAUACGGUUUCUUUACCGUUGCGAUUCUUGGCUGGUGCAAGUCUUAUGGCCUUCCCUUACUGGAACAGUUUUGUAGAGGAUGUAGAGGGCCCUGUCAGUGGUGGGAUAAGAGCCAUUCAACAACAACUGAGUGGUGAGACAAAGGAUGAGACAUUUCGCUGCUGCCGGCAGACUUAUUUGGAUGCGAAGACUGCUUGUGAGCACGUUUUGUCUGCACACAGAUCCUGUUAUGAAGGCGGCUAUUGGAUACUCAAUGACUACUAUGUUACUCAUGACGUUUAUCUUUAUGGAUACGGUGAAGCCAACAACACGUAUACUCCUGAUGACUACAGGAAUAUCAACCGCUGCAAUCAGCUGUUUGAGGAUCCCACUUGCACCAAGCAGUUGUCGCAAAUACUACGACAUCUUGUCCAUAAUGAUUCUGACUUCGAUUGGAUUGGACAUUGCAAUUUCGAGUCAUUAAAAUUCCCAUAUUACAUAAUGCUUGAACACUGGGUACGCUUGCUGGAACCAGGACAUGGUUGUUAUCAGCCAAAGCCCAUGGUGGAUUGCCUUAAAGACUUUAGGCAAAACCAUUACGAGAUGAGGUGGACAAUGGCUCCCGCAUGCCAGGUUGUCACGGAUGACGCGAUGACAAGGUUUUGCUCGAUUAUGUCUCAGCUGCCGCCAUACCUGCUUUGCGAGCUAGCAGACUCCAAGCUGGCAGACUUUGAGCCGGUAGGCUGGUCCUGGCAUUGGGCAGGUAGAUUGAGUGAUUUUUAUGGUUGCUUGCAGUCAUCACAGCUGUUACGUGCCAGUCAGUGCCUGAACGUACCAAAGUUUCGAGAAUCGUCCAAAUUCUUAGGAGAUGUCGGGGCCAUUGUUUUCGAAAUCGUCGGGUACACAGUGUCCCUUUCGCCCGCUUUGGCCGUUGUUCUUUUGAUGAUCUCUUGUUGUGUUUCACGCACCCGCAAUGAUGUGGAUGUUGCUGUCCGUGUGGCUGUGGAUGACGAAGUCCAAAGGUUGCAAGAAGAGCUUGAGAAAAACAAAACAGCACAACUCAGCACGUUUGCAUACGUACUUCUCCGUGUAGACCUUGUCCUCGUCUCCAUGGACAUGUUUGGUGACAUCCUGGCUGUCUUCACAUGGAUUUCUACCGGCCAUGUUUGGUUUGGUAUCUUCCAGAUCCUCGUCAUUCUUCGUAGUGUCCCAGGCAUAGUGCUAUUGCAGCGUGAGCAAGGCUUAGUGAAAGAAGUGCGAGAUUCGCUCAAGGCGAAUACGCUCACUGAUGGUCUUUACAACCUCAUGUUGCAGGAGAAGACAAUAGAGGGUGUGCUAACCAGUUUGCUGCUGGCUUAUGGGCUCAUGCACACAUUUGACAGUCAGUUGGCUUUCUAUGUAACAACGGCCAAGUGGGCCCUCUCCUUGCGUUCAGUGACGAACGGAUGUUUCAUUCAGUUUCACCUUGCACCAGGUGAUGCGCAGACAAGGCUCUUUCUUGCCACCUUGCCAGCAUGGCCUUUAGGCCGAAGAUAUCAUCUCGACACAGAAUGAACCAUCGGGACCAGCUCAGCAUGUGAAGCCUUUCAUUGAAGCGUUUCAAGUUGCAUGAAAUGCAACGUGCACAGCGGGAGAACCAAUCAACAACUUCCUGAGAGUGCCACUGCAGUGAAAAAGGGAGCACGGUCGAAGAUGGCUUGCUUUUCUUCAUCAAGGCAGGACCGUUGAACCAAGGUUGGAAGAUGUGCGUCUGUAGUUUAGAAUCUCCGAGCUUGGCACCUAGACUUCGUCCCAUGAGAUCGGCACUAGUAUUGACACUCUACGAUUGAUAUAGUGGCGACGAAUGAGCUAUGUUCAAAGUCUUCCUUUGGAUACUGCGGCUCCAUGCUAGGUCAUCAGGCCACGUGAGUGUUUGUUUCGACCCUUUGUGAGUGUGAGCUAGCACUUGCAUACGCAACGUGUAUGUCCGCACAGCAUCAUCCAGAGCUAAGACAAUGUGUAAUUACUGGUAGAACCAAAGCUCAACUGGUAUGUUCUAUUCCUUUUCCUUGGUCAUUUGGGUUGACGGUUGACUGAGGAACAAGCACAUUCAUUUAACUGUAUAUCAGAGACACCUAUUUUGCCGUACUCAGCUUAGAAAAGACUGCAGAAAGGAUAUGCAAGAAUGUAUUUGACUCACUUACUCGGGGCAUCUAUAUACAAGCUUCUAUGUUUGAUUUUUUGAGAGGACAACAGGAUAACCCUUCCUCUUCUCCGGACCAUCCAUCCUUCUCAGGUUAUGUGCAGAGCACCAACCGGAGCAGAGCGCUUCCAGCCUGUUGCCCACUUCCUGGCCUUGUGACAACGUGAAGAUCCCAGCUGAGUCAACCAGAGCAGUAAAGCCAUGAGCCAUGAGCCCACGGUGAUGGGUCAGGCUUUUAUCCGAUCAGAUGGGUCCGUUGAAACUAGUUUUGUUGACAAGAGCGUGCUGGAAGAAAGGCAAGUUCGCUGUGUGAUCCACACUUC